GUCCCCGGCCCGCCUGGGCUGCGGGCCCGGCUGUCGUCCUCAUCGCGGCUCCCCUGAGCUCGUCCCGGACGUGCGCCCGGGCGGCUGGGUUCCGCGGCUGCCGCUGCCUCGGGGGAGCGAGGGCGGAGGGUGUGUGUGUGUGUGUGUGUGUGUGUGUGUGUGCGCGCGCGUGUGAUCAGGGCGCCGGCGGGGCUGCAGCGAAGCACUUCGGAAGAAUGACUCUGGAGUCCAUCAUGGCGUGCUGCCUGAGCGAGGAGGCCAAGGAAGCCCGGAGGAUCAACGACGAGAUCGAGCGGCAGCUGCGCAGGGACAAGCGCGACGCCCGCCGGGAGCUCAAGCUGCUGCUGCUGGGGACAGGAGAGAGUGGCAAGAGUACCUUCAUAAAGCAGAUGAGGAUCAUCCAUGGAUCAGGAUACUCUGAUGAAGACAAGAGGGGCUUUACCAAACUGGUGUAUCAGAACAUCUUCACAGCCAUGCAAGCCAUGAUCAGAGCUAUGGACACUCUCAAGAUCCCAUACAAGUAUGAACACAAUAAGGCUCAUGCACAAUUAGUCCGAGAGGUUGACGUGGAGAAGGUGUCUGCUUUUGAGAACCCAUAUGUAGAUGCAAUAAAGAGCUUGUGGAAUGAUCCUGGAAUCCAGGAGUGCUAUGAUAGACGACGAGAAUAUCAGUUAUCCGACUCCACUAAAUACUAUCUGAAUGACUUGGACCGUGUAGCCGACCCUUCCUAUCUGCCUACACAACAAGAUGUGCUUAGAGUUCGAGUCCCCACCACAGGGAUCAUCGAAUACCCCUUUGAUUUACAAAGUGUCAUUUUCAGAAUGGUCGAUGUAGGGGGCCAAAGAUCAGAGAGAAGAAAAUGGAUACACUGCUUUGAAAAUGUCACCUCGAUCAUGUUUCUAGUAGCGCUUAGCGAAUAUGAUCAAGUCCUUGUGGAGUCAGACAAUGAGAACCGAAUGGAAGAGAGCAAAGCACUCUUUAGAACAAUUAUCACGUAUCCCUGGUUCCAGAACUCCUCUGUUAUUCUGUUCUUAAACAAGAAAGAUCUUCUAGAGGAGAAAAUUAUGUAUUCCCACCUAGUCGACUACUUCCCAGAAUAUGAUGGACCCCAGAGAGAUGCCCAAGCAGCUCGAGAGUUCAUCCUGAAGAUGUUCGUGGACCUGAACCCCGACAGUGACAAAAUUAUCUAUUCCCACUUCACCUGCGCCACAGACACCGAGAACAUCCGCUUCGUCUUUGCUGCUGUCAAGGACACCAUCCUGCAGCUGAACCUGAAGGAGUACAAUCUGGUCUAACCGUGCCUCCCAGACACAUUCUUCCCUUCCCUGUGGGCUGUUGAAGAUAACCAAGAAGGACUGUAUUUCUGUGGAAAACAAUUUGCAUAAUACUAAUUUAUUGCCGUCCUGGACUCUGUGAGCGUGUCCACAGAGCUGUAGUAAAUAUUAUGAUUUUAUUUAAACUAUUCAGAGGAAACAGAAUGCUGAAAUACAGUCCCAGCACAUUUCCUCUCUCUUUUUUUUUUUAAGGCAAAACUUGUGACUCGAUGUAUUUUAAAUUUUCAGUCACUCAUUCACAAUAUGAAAGCACUCCUACCGUUUGUGUGUU